CCCCUCCAACGUCGGGCCUUCCUUUUCUCCAACGUUGAAACUGCCAUGUGUACCCGUACUCGAAUUUAAUUGUUUCCCCUCUAGAAUUCCAUCAAUCAUCAAAACUUAGUCUAAACCAACUAAAUUUAUUUAUCCAGGCUCUGUUCAAUCAGAUCCGGAAUUCGACGUUGUCCCCCCAGCUCAAUAAGACAUAUCUUUGUGGGUUUUGGUGAUUAACGGGGCGAAAACGGGGCUCGUCUGUCUUAUCGGAGCCAUCGAUCUGUCGUCAUCGAUCGUAAAAUCCCCAGCACAAGCCCUCUUGCGAAGCCCAGUUUUCGCGCCCCGGAUUCGACAAGCACGAUUUACAUUUUAUUCUUUUUAUCUCCUCCGGUUCUUCCACAAUGUCUUGGGAACUCACCCGGCGCCGCUUUUCUCGAGCAGUCAAUAGCAAAUUCAUAUUCGACCGCAUCCCUCUUCUUCAUGCUGUUAUAUUCUUUAUCGAGAUGGUUAUCGUCGCGCGCUUGGUGUCGCGUUUUAACGCCUACUACGAUGAACGGCCAGUCCUUACAAUGAUGGUGACGAACGCCGUCCUUGGAGGUAUUGCCGAUACCGUAGCCCAGACGAUCACAUCCGUCCGACAACGAGCCCUGCGAAAGCCCGGCGGCGUUACAAAAGACGAUACGUUAGCGAUCGAGAUCCACGAGCUAGAUCGCAAGAACCCUUGGAACGAACGGGACCUGAUUCCGGAUUCUAAGAUUCUCCCACCUCCCUUCGACUUCGAGCGACUAACGAGGUUCAUGGCGUACGGUUUCGCCAUGGCUCCUCUCCAAUACAAGUGGUUUAGCUUCCUUUCACGGGCAUUUCCUAUUACGAAGACGAGCGCAUUCGCUCCGGCGAUGAAGCGGGUAGCUUUCGACCAGCUGAUUUUUGCUCCAUUCGGUAUCGCUUGUUUCUUUACAGUCAUGACAAUAGCAGAAGGGGGUGGCCGUAGGGCGGUCGUUCACAAGCUCAGGGACAUGUACAUUCCAACUCUGAAGGCGAACUUCAUGAUUUGGCCUGCCGUACAGGUUAUCAACUUUAGGUUAAUGCCAGUUCAGUUCCAGCUACCUUUUGUCUCUACUAUCGGUAUUGCUUGGACCGCUUAUCUUUCACUGACAAAUGCUUCUGAGGAGGUCGAGCAAAAGACGGCUCCUUACUCUCCUAACAUUCGUCUCUAGUAAACCAUCAGUCCUUGUAGAAAAGACUACUAGACUCUUCCUUCGCUGUAUAUCAAAUUCGUUAAAACGAUGUGUCGGCAGACGUUACGGCGUCGAAGAGCGUGGUCUUCAUGGGUUAAUCGAUAUGACUGAUAUAAUAUGGGUAUUGGAUGGGCGCAUUCGUUUUUGGGUUAAAAAUAUAAGGUCAGCGGCUUGGGUAUAACCUUGUACUUACCUUGAGUAGAUGCAAGAAACUAGUAGUAUUAUCUGCAUGCGUGUCUUGAUCAGAGCAUGUCAUUGGAUAAUUCAAGGAAAACAUCAGCUAUUAUCAAACUAAACUGUAAUACGAUAGACCAUUGUCAUGGCAUACGUUGCUAUAAGGAGAUAUGAUCCAAU